AUGGAUGAUGUUAAUACAGAUUCGCCAGAAACUGAGGAUCUAAGCAAAGACUAUGAAAACUAUUCUGAAACAAAGGAAAAUCUGCUGGCCAGGAUGGAGGAGAUUCGCAGCACUAUCAAAGAGAUGAUCCUGGAAAAUGAGACAGUUCCGGAAAUCGAGCGACUUGAGCUGAAGGAGUUCAACGUAGACGACCAGAGACAAAAGAUGCACGAUGCCACGAUGGAGGAGGAAGUUUCCAGGGUGAGAGAUCGAAUUGAGAUGGAGAUUUUGGAGAGAUGCUACAAGCGUGAUCUCAUCAAGAGAGAUUGCUGGGAUUCUCUGAAAGUUAAAGACAGAGCUGUAAAGGCCUUCCACACUGAGCACGAGGUGACAAACUACCCUCUCAAAGAGCGACCACAAUCAGAGUUGGACGCCCUUAAAAGAGUUGAAAAUAAGAGAAAGGAAGAACUGGCUUGUAAAAACUUGGAAAAAAACUUUGUGCUGAAGCAAGAGUAUGAGGAUCUGUCUGAGGCCCAGAGCAGCGUAGCAAGCAGCUAUUCUGCCGAGCUUGGUCUAACACACCCUCAACUCUACGACCAGUUUAGCCUGCAUACAACCGAGCAGAAGAUGAACCAGAUUGUCCUGCUUCAGGAUGUUAUCUACAGAAUCAAGGUAGCGCUCAACACCCAGUUCGAUAAGGUGUACAAGCAAAAGGGGCAGGAGAUCAACCGCGUCAAAGAGAGGAACAAGCAAGUGAAGGAGCUCCUAGACGAACUGGAGGUCAACGAGGAGCUGUGGGAGCCCGUCCUGAAUGAUAGAGAGGUGCCCGAGAGGGUGUUUAUCGUGAAAGACUCCGAGAUAAAGGCCGAAAAGUACCUCACCCCAGAACAGGAGAAGGAAGAGGAAAGAAAGAGACUCGAGGAGCAAAAGCGCUUGGCUGCCAAGAGUGACAAUGUACGCGAAAGGGCUCUUGAUGACAUGAUGGACGGAGUUCUUGAAGUGAAAAAAGAAAGUCUGUUGAAAGCGGAAGUCCCCGAGCCGGAGUUUAUUCAGGGCAAACCGAACAACGAGUGGACCGAUGAGGAGAAAAAGCAAUUUAAAGAAUAUGAAAAGAAAGUCAAAGAGUUCGCCACAGAGAAGGAGAAGUACAGAAAAUCGCUGGAAAAUGAAAUCAAAGGCCUUCAGAAACUUACUAAAGAAGCCACUGAGCGCUUUGAUGAAGGUUUGAAAAAACUCUUUGAGAGGAAAAUUAAGUCAGACAUGGCCAUAUGUCAGGAAGAACUGAAGAUUAAAAUUCUUAAUUAUUCCGUGCUAAUGGAAGAGGUGUUAGGGAAUGAAGAAAAGGAACUUGUGCAAAAAUUUAAGAAAAUGUCUGUAAGGAAGAAAAAAAUGGAGGAAGAUCUGCAGAAGUUUGAAAAGGAAUGCACAUUGUUCCAGGAGAGCCAUGAAAACAUUGUAGCAGACGAUAAAAAUCAGGACAAAGACUUCCGGAAGGAGUUCAGUAAUUUACACAAAGCCCAUGUCGAUCAGCUGUAUAAAUUGUUCAAGCGAAGACCUAGGUUGGUCAGUUUAACCGUUUCAUUUGAAAAGACUUGCACUGUCUCUAACGCCAUGGAUGAGUUGGAUUCUCAGAAGAACAUGCCAGAGGGACUGAACCUGCCGGUGUGGGAGAAAUUUUGUCAAAUCCGCAGAACAAAAAUAGACACUGAGCAUCAGAUCAAAUCUACAGCAGCCACUCUGGCUGAGAUGAUAGCGAGUUUGCAAAAAAGGCGAGAAGAUGACCUUGCUGCUGAAAAGGACAUCGAACAACUUGCUCUAAAACUUGAAAACCUGCGUGAAGAAAAAGAGAACUUCUUGACAGAUAUCCCAGUCCAGUUCCUGCUUAAACAGGGCCAAGUGGAAGUGACCAACAUGGAUCUUAUCCCCGACUACAGCGAUUCGAUUCUUCUCGAUAGGAGCAAAGUGGAAGAACUCAACCAGACCAUCCGGACCCUUGGUGAGCAGAAGAUAGCCACAAUGGUGCAGACUAAAGACUUCCGUAAGGGAAUCAUCCAGGUGGAGUGGGACAACACCAUGAGGAGGAUGCAGAUUGAGGACCUCAAGAACAAAGAACGGGACAUUCAGAAAAUGCGUCUCACAGAGGAUCACAAAGAAUAUCUCAAAUCAGACGGUGACAAUCGUGUGUGCAAGCAGACCGUAUCUAUGAAGGAGACUCAGGCCUUGCAACUUAAGAAUUAUCAAAAGGACGUAAAAUAUCGCAAGCAAAAAAUCCGACACAUCCAAGGUCAAGUGGCCUAUAGGGAAAAGAAGAAUGACGCUUUGGACAAGCAAGUCCAGGACAUGCACGUGACGGUGUCGCAGAUGAGACACAUCUACGAAGCCUCAGCUACGGAAGAAAAUGAGGCUGUUAACACCGAGCAGCGUUACCAAGAGCUCCUGCUAGUACAGCGUUUGAAGGACACCGCCACAUACCAGAUGGAGAAGUUAGCGUUCCUCACUGCAGAGAUGCAACGUUUGAAGAUGAGAAAUGUCCCUUCUCUGACGCAGAUUAAAUACAAAUGA